GAAAACGGUAUGGGACGAGAGGGUUGUCUCGUCUCGGUCCUCGUGUAGCAAUCCACUCGUGCUUUUCACGCUCGCCAUAUAACUCUAACCUCCGCACACUCGUGAGAACAUACGCCAUUAGAAAGAAAAGAAAGCUCGUUCGCUCCGUAAUUGCAUCGGCCAGUUGCUCAUAUCGAGGGGCCUACGUUGUCUAUGCGGGCUGAUACCCAGUGGCCAAAGUACUAUAACCUUCAAGACAACAGCCACCGGCACGCACACAGUGCGGAGAAGAGGCAAAUAAAACAUCCCUCUAAUACCUCGUGUUCAAUAGACGCACAAUAAACUACUGACUGUACUCAAUAGCAUUUCCAUUAAGCUCGCAUUGCGAACAUUUGCCCAAACUAUAUUCAGACGUGCGGGGAGCAGGGGCAUAGGGACCCUGAAUAGGGGAAAUCAGUUCUACGGAAAUCCAUAUAAUAGAGAAAGUUUCAUGAACAACAAACAAAAAAAGCUGGGUGGAGUUGUCGAUACUGCUAGCCUCCCGGCUAGGUCAAAAGUAGCGCUACAGCUCCUAAAAGGCAUUGAUCCCGCGUUCAAUCCUCGAGCCACGACGAACGUCUCUAUAAGCUCAAAGCUUUGUUUAUGAGAAACAUAUGCGGGUAUCAUUUGUAGCUUGGUGCUACGUGCGGUUGUGUGGGUGACAGUUUUUUAUUGGUACGACGUCGAAACACCGCGUCCUCAUUCGUUAUUGUUUCUUGAACGGCAUCUCCUCCUUAGUAAAACCGAUAUUCAAAUUAGGAUGUGGAACCGGGGAUAAAUUCGGAAUUCGCUCUUUGCUCAGUCAAGACGCUUUCCGCGAAAUUCACCACUACGCUUUUCACGGAAAUUACGACCACCCGAGCAAAAAAAAAAAAAAAAAAGUAAAGAAGAAAGAAAACUAAGUCUGGAACACCAAAUCUAGUGAUGUAUACGAAAGCGAUGUGGGAUCAUGACUUCGAGGGGCAAACAAAAUCAAGCAGUGUAGCGAGCCUUUCAAGUGCAAUCAGACUCUGAGGCAACGCUAGGUGGCCUAGUGCCACGCAUCAAGGAAUAACCGCUUUUCGGUCCAGUAGCACGGAGCAUGUUUUCCAGCUGACUGGCGCUGCAAAGGAAGCCGCCACAUUCGACGCUCGGGACGGCGAGUCAACCGAGAGAGGGAUACAAACCAAAAAAGAGGGAGAAGGAAAAAUAAAAGUCGAACAAACGCUAAAAACAGAGAAGGGAGCCACACUGGGACGCCCACUGCCGAAGCGGGACCCGCUCCUAUUGACCGCGGAGGCAGAAACCGCCAACGCCCGUUGCCGCCGGUAGAUGGCGCCAGGCGGUAAAUCGGCGCGGCCUCAUUGGCGCGAAGCAAACAGGGGGGCGGUGUCAUAUCCAAGGGGCGCUGCGAUCGUCUGCGAUCUGCAGAUCGCUCCUGCACGUUGGAUGCUGCGGGUACCGCGAGUGCUGUGCUACGGAGAAUCCGCUGCGAUGUGUUCUCCCCACUGACUUACCUUUCUUUUCCCGUUCGGGACGACACAGACUCGCAGAAGUUGGGGAAGCGCUUUCCUUUUCUUGUCCCCCUUGUUUCCUUUAGUUAUUUGUUGUCCCUUUCUCUCCCACCGAACUUUUGACCACCUCAAAAGUACCUCUUGAUGUUCUUUCCUCGCACCUGUCUAACCCUCAUAUAAGGUGUUCGGAAAGCAACAGCUUCUUUUGGAGCCUUAACAGUUCCAAGUUUUAGUAUCUGGCCCUUUCACCCGAGUGUUUCAUCGCGUGGUGCUUUGCCUCUUAUGCUGUUGCCCAAAACUGUGUCGUUCUGUUUGUGGAUAGCUACAAAAACGGGUGCCUCGACGAGCCCACAAACUAGCGACUUAACUCGACCGAUCUCGAACGCCUGCAAGCAAUUAAGCCGUCGCUUCGUCUCGUGUGGCAUGUGACUGCUGUCGAUUGUGGAAGAGAAAAAAAAGGAAACAAACAAAUCACUCCUUGGGGCAUUCAACAACCGCAAGACACCGCUUUGACGCAAGAAAGUAGCCACUUCGAGGUGGUCUUUCGGAGUUGCUAAUUCAUCUCCGCGGACUCACGAGCAAGAUUCGUAAUCCUUUUGCACUGGGACGAGACAAGUCAUCGGCUGCAAGACGGAGGCAACAAGUGGUUCCGCAGAACGACAGUUCGUGUUUUUUCUUCGCUCUUCGAGAAGGUGCACAUCGGCUUUCGACUUGGCGGUGACGAUGGCGGGCCUUUUCUUCCCACAGUGAGGCAAUCGACGAACGCAUCUAAAAUCAUCGUCGUGAACCACGUCGUGAACCACGUCUUGUCUUCGAGGAGUGAGGAAUUGCUGCAUUGUGGAUUAACGUUGCGCGGCGGCUACCACGACAAAGGAAAAAAAGAAAAGAAAAGCGAAAUCUACGCUUCUUUAUUUUUCUCCCUCAACUCAUCGCAUCCUCGCGCAACUAAAGGUAGAAAAGGAUCGACUCUGGAGGCGGGACCCAAAAACGAAAGCGUGCAGAGAGAGACGUCACCGUGCCCACGUCGUCCAACAGCGGUGAUCAUAAAGUGAAAGCGGCUGAAGCAAUAACACUGUUGCCUGUCUUCGUCACGACCCCGCCUCGCCACCUGUUGUGAGGAGAAAGCGAGACAGACGGCAGAGCGCCCCCUAUGCGGCCGCCCCCGAAAGCAGCAGCGACGCCGCAUCAGCAUCAGCAGUCCCAUCGAGAGCGACAGCAGCAUCAGCACAGGCGUCAUCGGCAUCGUCAGCACCGCCAACGUCGGGUCCAGGGCCCAGCGGCCCACAGGGCCCCGUGAAAGGCCACCACCAUAUUCCCGAGGACGCCCAGCUCGCCGCAUGUGCUGCAGCUGGCGUCGGCUGCGGCCGCCGCCGGCUCGCCGCCGUCGGCCGCCGCCGCCGUCGCCGCCGUGCCUCCGAGCGCCGCCACACUGGCGGGAGUGGGCAGCCUGGCCGCGGGGGCGGCGCCCGGGGCAGCGGGCGCCCCCACCACGCUGCCGGCCUCGCUGGUCGCCGAGGAGCGGGGCAAGCUGGCCGUGGCCGGCAUGCCCGUGAGCCCCAAGGGGGGCCGCCGGCGCUCCGUCAUCGCCGAGCUGGUGAACCCGGGAGGGGGGGACAAGCUGCGCGCGCGGCCUGCCACGCCUUUGGAGGCGAACCCGAUCUCGCAGUUCUACGAGAUCGGCCGCCAGACAGCCUCGGCGGGACCCGAGCUCAUAUGGAAGAUCUACGACGCGCAGCGCAAGUCUGACAAGAGGGAGGCCUCGGUGUUCGUAUUCGAGAAGCGCGUCGCCGAGAAGCUGCACAAGCCCAAGCGCAAGGAGACCGUGACCGAGAUCCUUCGCUUCAGUGUGAGGCAGCUGGAUCGCUUCAAGCACCCCAAAUUGCUCACCAUCUACCACCCCAUCGAGGAGGCCAGCGAAACCCUGGCGUUCGCCACGGAACCAGUGCUGGGCAGCCUGGCCAACAUCCUCAACUGUCUCGAGGAUCGCCUGCCGCAGUGCCUGCCGCACGAGAUCAGGGACUAUCAGUUCCUGGACAUCGAGAUCAAGUACGGACUCUUACAGCUCACGGAGGCGCUGUCAUUCUUGCACUACUCGUGCAAGCUGAUCCACCGAAACCUGUGCCCUCAGUCCGUGAUCGUCAACAAGCGCGGAACAUGGAAGCUGGCCGGUCUCGAGUUCACCGAGAAAUGCAGUGACACCGACCUGUUGAGCCCGGUGAGCUGCCAGUCUUUCACGUCGAAGCUGCCCAAGAUGGGCCAGCCGGACCUGGACUACACGGCGCCCGAGAUCCAGGCCACGUCGACCUGUUCGCCGCUCUCGGACAUGUUCUCCCUGGGCCUGGUCAUCUGCGCCCUGUUCAACAAUGGACACUCCAUCAUCGAGGGGAACCUAUCCACCACCACGUAUAACAAGCAGCUCGAAGUGCUCGAAGGCAGCUUGCACAACCUGCUGGACCGGGUGCCACACCACCUCCAGGAGCCCCUGCAGGGACUGUUGCAGGUGGACCCCAGGCGGAGGCCCAAUGCACAAAACUUCUCCAUGAUCAAGUACUUCAUGGACCCAGCUGUACACGGACUGCAAUACCUGGACGUGAUCCAGAUGAAGGACUCGACGCACAAGUCGCACUUCUACCACAACCUCAAGACGGCGCUGCCAAACAUACCAAAGAAACUCUGGUGGCAGCACGUGCUCCCCUCGCUCAAGAUGGAGCUGCAAUCGCCCGAGGUGUUAGCUGCAGCUCUGCAGCCCCUGCUCUUCAUCAUCGAGGAGAGCACGGUGGACGAGUACCAAACCAUCAUCUUGCCCAUCUUCCGAAGCGUCUUCGGCAUGCCCAAGUCUGUUCAGGCGACGGUAACGCUAUUGGAGAAUCUCGACGUCCUGAUGAAGAAGACCCCCAAGACGGACAUCAAGGCGGACGUUCUUCCGAUGCUGUACAACUCGUUUGAUUCAACAACCCCGCAGAUCCAGUGUGCAGCGAUGCAUGCGAUAGCGCAAAUUGCAGACUACCUCGAAGAAAGUGCUGUGCGCAAAAUGGUGCUGCCGAGGACAAAACAAGUCUUCGAAAACAACUCCGGAAUCAAGGUGCAGGCUAACGCUCUGACCUGCAUCGAAAAGAUCAUCGACAAGCUCGAGAAGACGGACAUCUUGGAUGAAGUCCUGCCCAUGUUGGGAAAGGCCAAGCUCCAGGACCCGGCCAUACUCAUGCCGGUCGUCCGGAUCUACAAGCACAUGCUGAGCGACAAACGAUACGGACUAACGGUCAACCUUCUCGCCACCAAAGUGAUGCCAGCCCUGAUACCCGUCGUAGUCAGCCCAGCCCUGAAGCUCGAUCAGUUUACGAGUCUUAUAGAGUUACUCCAAGAAAUGCUCGAACACGUCUCCAAAAGCCAGCGAAACAAGCUCAAGUUGGAAAAGCUGUCGAUACCUUCGACGGACAUCGCAACGACGCCGGACGAGGCGCAACAACAACGGGUCGUGAGUCCGCCGGAUAGGCUGCCCGUGCAGACGCCCUACAACAUGGAGCAGCCUACAGGAUACCCACACCGCCCACCUUCACUCCGCCUCGAGUCCCGACGAACGUCCAUCAGCAUGGACGACGUCGUCCGCAGGACCUGCAGUUCAGCUUCGUCGUCGCCAGACUCGAACCUGCUGCGUGUUCAGGCCACGCUCCCAGGGCGGAGGCACUCGGACAACACGAUCCAGCCCCCGAGGAUCCUGGUGGCCCCCUGUUCGCCCGAGGGCACCGUCAGCUAUACCCCGGGGGGCCUCCCCGUUCGCAGGCAUUCCAGUGUCGGGACGCAGGACUCGCGUUUUUCGGGAUUCUUCAGUUCGCCCAAGAUGGCGAGCCCCAACCUGGGCGUGGACUUCUUCAGCUCGAGCAGAGCCAACGUAAGGCGGUACUCCGCUGCUGCAGUAUGCGGCGCUGCAGGACUGCCCAACGCCGCCAACCAGGCAUCCAGUUUCCUGCAGCAGAUUGGCUCUGGAGUUUCGCAGCUGUUUUCCGGCAAAUAGCUUGCGUCUUGAAGUCGCGGGCAGACCGCGCCCAGGCCAGGGUUCGCAAGAGCACGCAGACAAGGGGACACAGGACAGCAUCCCGAGCCGUCGAGAUUGCGAAGAAAAAAAAAGUCAAAAAAAGUAAAAAAAAAAAAGACAGAACUCUCGAUGCCGAUCUAUCUGCGCUCUUGUGUUCCACCCACUUCUUCCCGCUCUUCUUCUUCGUCCUCUACUACCACCACCACCUUUUCCGCUGUUCCAUCUUCCACCUUCAUCCUCCCCGUCCCGUUUGUCUCCUCCUCUUCUUUCGAUCUCUCCCGCUCAGCAUCUUCCAGUGCCGAUGCCACGGGCCUCGUCUCCGACGGCGUCGCCCCACCACUCCCCGCGGUCUCCUCUGUCGCCGCGUUCGUUGUCGCCCAGGUCGCCGCUAUCGCCGCGUUCCCCGGCGUCGUCGAGGUCUCCGUCGUCACGGUCUCCGUCGCUGCGCUCUUCGCCACCGCGGACCUCGCCGGCGGUGUCGAGGUCGCCCUCGCCCAGGGCCUCCAGGAGGCUCCUGCCGCAGCCCAGGAUCCCCUCGCCAGCCGUGGGCAACCCCACGCAGGCGUGAGCGCGACAACCCUGCAUACACGGCCCUACCAUAUUUUUUUAUUGUUUUGGCACUGAUCUCAAGUAGCAACCACUGACUACGCCACCACCAACAACUGGGGAGGUGUGGACUAUGCAGGAUAAUGCAUUUCGAUCAAGCUAGGAGGUGCUUUUCGGUUUGGAUUUCCGGGGCUUGGUACGGAAUGACAGCUCGCCUCUGGCUUGAGGUUUUAGCAAUUGGUAUUUGCCGGUGUUAUGUAUCAUCUGUAUCGGAAAGUCUUACGCCACAGCGCGAUCGUGGUCCUACCGAGCGUAAGGCUCUGUGUUGGCGCUGCUGUCACUAUCGUUGGCCUGCUUUGCUGCUGGAGGAGUCGCUAGAGGCCCAGAUGCUGCUACGGUGUCGAAUAAAAGCCAGCACGUGGUGAACGUGGCGCAACCACAAGCCGUAUGCCCAUAAGUACCGCAACCUCGUUGAUCGGGGACCUUUUGAGACAAGUUGUGCUUGUGUUAGUUAUCAUCUUCUGUUAACGCAAAAUAUUCUGUGUUUUCUGCCGAAGCGUACCGAAUGAUACUUAUACUUACAUGUGUCUCACAGUUCUUGAGACCUUUAUGCCAGCUGUAACGGUGCUCGGGACUCCAGAAAAAAUGUCCGAGUCAGCAGGAAUGCAGUUGGGCAUUAGAGGCCUGGUAAAGACGAAUGGCAUAACGGUUCCAUGCAAAUCAAGGACGCAGACGUGUGUUUUCGUUUUUUUGUUUUUGUUUUCAAUCAGUGUGUUCACGUGUGCCGGGUUAUCCUCAGUGAAACUUUCACUUGACAUGUAAUGAAGUGCAAUUGAGGAGGAAAUGCGUGAGCUUGGUCCGAAUGAGCACAAAUUUCCUCUGGCUUCUUUUUUCUGCGAAAUUGUAUCUGUGCCCAUGGCGGAUUUCAUCGCACUGUGUGUAAUUUUCCGCAUCAUUAUCUUUACUGAGCUAUGUGCACUGUUCCACUUUAUGUGUAAUCUCACGUUCAUAACGCAAGAAAAGAAUCCAGGGCCACAAGAAUUCAAGGAUGGUGCUUUCCCAUCUAAAGCUAGACGUCACGCCCAUUUUUCAAGCAAGUAACCUUGAACAUGUAAUUUGCGAACUUGAAGCGUGUAGUGUAUUCGGCACUCUUUGACGUGGCGCUAGGCUUUUCUUGCGAUGUCAUCUAAUUUUCUUUGAGUAAUCGCAAGCUGAAGUGCAAGUGAACAGGAGUACGAGAUGAUGAAAUGGAUCCUUUUUGUUCUCUGUAAGCCCUUGAUGAUACCCUAGUACGAACGCUGCUGAGAACAUACCACAGUACGAACACUCAUACGAGUCACGAUUUCAGUGACGCCUUGUAGGUAGCCUAGUUUCUCAUUCUCCAGCUUCAGUGCGUAGCACAUGCAGUACUGAUUUCUACUUUAAGUCACUCGGGACUGUUGCCGGAUGGUGUUUGUGGCUCAGGUGUCGACGUUUUUCACUACCAGUUAUUCCUGACACUGGCCCAAGUGGCGCCUAAUAGGUUUGACAUUGCAACAACUAAAACAUGUCUGGUACCAGUAUGACUACAGCGACGAAAAAAGAAACAAAUAACAAAAUCGCACAGGGUCUCAUAACGGCGACUGGCGUCGAUGCCGUUUCUUUACUAUGUGUUGUCCUUGGAGCAAGGAAACAUUGCGGCUACACACUACCAGGGUGCGUAUUCAUUUUCGUUAUCGCGGCUUACCUGUUAACUUCUAUAGAAGACCAUACAUAGGCACACGACAUAUAUAGCCAUGUCAAGACUAUGAUCGGAGUGGAUGCUUUUCUCACCAGCCUCUCCUGAGCACGCGGCCCGAAUGGAAUGCUAGUUCCAGCCAGGCUUUAAUGAGUAAAGCAAGAACACUUCGCUCAAAGAGUGGUCUUCUCCUCAAGGCAAAGCGUGUAGUGCACGCAAACCUACCUUUUUGUUGAGCUCUCGCAAUAGGGCGUUGAUAUUCAGUAUUUAAACUACAGUCAUAAUUGCCAAAUAGCUACGAGUAACACUUCCUUUGACAAACCGCUUGGAAUAGUGGGUAACUAUCAGCCAGCGUGCCAGAGUGCAUUCUUUUCGGAUGAAGUAGCGUCAGUAUUAAACUGUCGUCAAGUGGACAGUAAACUAGGAAACAACUCUAGUCCUUGUUACGUUGCAUUGAACAUCACGAAACGGUGUGGUAAAGGAUUGUCCUUCGAAUCGUUGAGGAGGUAGCAACCAUAUGGAAGUGCAGAACUGACAGCAAUGCUGCUCAAUGACUACAAAUCUAUGUCAUCUUGGCAUCCCAUUAGCUACACAGAAGCGACGUUGUGCAAAUUACUCGAGGUUUGAGAAAACAUUGAAGGACAUUAUGACUACCCCUACAUUAACGCAAGUAAAAACUUGUCUUGUUUGUAUAAAAACUUGUUUUGUUUUUUUUCGUAUAUUUAUCGGAUAGAACGGGUUCUUUCUUGUCUAUUUCAAUUUCGCAAAGUCAUAUCUUGCUGUGAUUGCUAUGAAAGUAGCCUUAAGCUAACUCAGGAUUGAUUACGAGUUGUGUGAUAUGAAACUUGUCUUAGUAUUUUAGUUUCUCUUUCCAUAAAUUCUAUGAACACUUUCUUUAUAAAGCUAAUUUUCAGACGGUAUUGUAGAACUGCCUCAAUUGUUCUAGUUCAUUCUCUAUGUAAGGUUGUAGCCUCGCCGGCGCAUACUAACCAAUGUCAAGUGAGCAUUGCGAUAGCUCUUUUUUUUGUUUCCAGGUUAAUGUGAUAGUUUAUUCUGAUCUCUCAUAGGUACCCCAUUCAGACUGUCCAAGUGACUUUCUUAAAUACAGGGUUAAUAUAGUGCAGUCGUCACUAUUCAAAAGAUUUGUCACAUAUUUUAGGAUUCCCAGAUAUCACAUCCUGUUUAAGUUCCUCAUUCGCUUUGCAGCGCGCCAAAUGAUCCAGCCUGAACUUGGCAGAAGUUGCCGUAUAUAUCGACCAGGAAUAAAUAUUCCCCGGAUGUUGAACCUGAUAUGUUACAUAUUUGUUGACCUGUACUCCCGCCUGUCCGCGCAAUCGCAUGACCCAUUUCAGUGACACACGAAAUCUUACCUCGUGAAAGGCAUUUUUCGCUUGGCAGAGGUAAGAAGCACCCGUACUAAACACCAAGUUCCAUCUCGAAGCUCUGUAAACUUCGUGAACCACUCCUCGAAACUCACGCUAGCUCCAAAUACAACGACGACGCUGAUUCUGAAACAUGAGCUACAGGUUUGACGAUCAUCGAACUCAAAGCGAGCGUUUACCGUAGAUGUCGGCAGUGUGUGUGUGUGUUAAGCCUACACCACCACCACCCGCAGUGUCACCCAAACAAAGCUGACGGCUGAUCCUAGCGCAGUACCAAUACACGCGAAGGCAACAUUUUGCCCAUAGCACUUGCUACACCUGCACUCCUGUGACCAGAACAGCAAAGGCGACUCCUUUUGACUCCAUCGCUUUGCGCUGCAUAAAACUCAAGGGGCAAAGCCGGCUGUCUUUAUGGUUCAGAAGUCUUGACAGGCGGUGCUUCAUGUGAACUUGUAUCAAUAAUCCCAAAUUACUUUUGUUGUUGGUGACUCCUGUGUCUCCUCAGUGCAAGCGUGAAUGGACUCUAUUUUGUAUCCGUUGAUCGUGGCUUCUCGCAAACCUCGAUUCUGGUUAAUGGCCUACUGGAGCCGGCACGUUAAUUUCCUCGUGUGACCAUGUUAUAAGCUCACUGCAAAACAUAACGCACCUGCACCCCCUUGAACGUCCAUCCUUCCUCUUUCAAUUUCCCUCGCCUCCGCAUUCUUUAUCGUGUGUGAAACCACCCUGAAGGUCUAUGCAAGCGCGUCAGUAGUACGUAGCAUGUACACGCGAUUUGUUGCUUGCCCGAAAGGUUGCCGGAGGGUGCGGAGUUGCUCGCAUAUAACCACGCUUUCAUCGCACCGGGAGAGAAUGAUGUGUCUCAUCUUUGUAAGCGCCAAACAGCGGUGACCAAAUUUUAUAAUUUUUUUAGCACCUAGUGCAGAAACAUUCCACUGCCUCGUUAAAACCAAGGUACUCGCAGAAGCAGUGAUCCGUUUACUUUUUUUGUUUUCCACGCACGAAAAUGUUUUUUAUGAAAACUACGGCUCUGAGGCUACAGCCGUUUUCAGUGAUUAACAGUGGUAGAAUAAGGAGCGUCGCUGAGACCAGCGUUUCGACAGCAAGAUUUGUCCUUGUAAGCGCGGCAAUCGCUGCGCUUACGAAGUCCCCCUAUCGACUUCAGCGAAGUUUCUUGUUCGACCCCUCUUAAUCACUUCAAGCUGCCAUCUUCCUGUCAAGUUACCUCAUGUUGAGAGAUAGUGUCGUAAUAAAACGUUGCAACGUCUUGUCACAGAACCUGCAUCUCUGUGACAAUCUUUAAAAUUUUCAUAGCUCGAUUGAAAUAGUGCCUUUCACUUAUUUUCAGCUGAAUAUUUCCUGUCGUGACACAGGAAAGGUUCGUGUAAUAAAGACCGUACAGACAUUUCCAGCAUCAUCAAUUCUGACUCUGGUAUAAGGGCUUUGAAUAUAUCAAACGAAGUUACCAAGCAUAAACCUGCUGUAGUUGUGAGUGAUGCCCCUGCUUAUUCGUAUCGCUGUUCAAUUAUGAUUGCUGAUCCGUUUGUUCAGGGCGCUUCAGCGUAUUCGUGAUUUCAGGGAUGUACGCCUAUCGCGCAGAGGGAAACGCCUAUACAAGAGACGUCGUCCGAACAAAUUUUUCAUGGUGCGCACUAAGUCGAAGGCGUUAUCACUGCUUCUUCGUUUCUAUCAUCUCUGCGUGUGUGUCACGUGACGAGGCACAUUCUUUUCUGACAAUCCAUCGAGCACCCUCCUAACCACUGGGCUCUUCGCAUUCCCGUGCGUGUGCGGUACUGUGCUCUCUGCACCUUUCACACAACCAUCGCUGUUGCUCACUUACUGUUGUUUUCCUCGUGCUGACGUUCCUCUGACGUGCUUUCAUGAGUGCACAAAACGCUUGUGCCACAUGCUUGUAAGCAGACCAUCGUACACGAUGAUCCCGAUACGAAAUUGAUGGAAUUGCAUCACAGCCAAUGCGGAAACCCCGAUUUACCUUGAUUCUGCGCCAUUUGAACGCACAUUGGGCAUCGUUCCGAAGCGGAGCGUCAACACGUUUCAAGGAGGAUUGGAUUCUCGCCAACUAAUGGCAACGUCUCUACAUUCGCGGACAACUUUCUCGGGCAGUGAAGGAAAAAACUACGAGUGCGCCGAGUAGUCCCGUAGAUUUUGUCAGCGCUUUCUGUUUCGCUUUCUGAGAGGACAUACUGGAUUUGCGUAACUUGUCACUUGCGGCAGUUUCGCAUUCCCAAAACAUGUAAGAGAAGAAAACAAAAACAUAAGGAAAAUCUAAAUCCGACACUCGGUGGUCUCAAUGACGUCUCAUUUUAAGGGAGAGAUAGAGAUAUGAAAGAAAGGCUAAAGGCAGGGACAUUAACCAGCGAAAAAAGUUAGGUUUGCUUCCCUAGACCGGGGACGGGUAGUGGGAGAUAAGAAAGAUAAGGAAAUAGAUACAGCACGGGCUCACGCUCACAGCCGUUCACGGCGUACGAUAAUCCUUAACUCUGGUCUCAAAGUCGCUUGAUCAACCUUGUUAUCCUUGAGAAUUGUAACAGUGUUUUGUUUCAGUGUAAGUGUUGUAAUAAAAAAGACGAUUAGGUUUUCUGUUCCCCAGCUUUUUGACAAGCCUGAAAGAAACAGUGUAACCGUCCUCGGGGGUGUUUUCAGGCGUGCGCUGCAUCACCGCAGCUUUUCCUUCAUUGCCGCAAAUAAUUGUCCGCGAGUAUGCUGCGAAACAUGGGGCAAAAUUGUAGACUUGAGCACAUUAAUCAUGCUCAUUACGAAUGGAAUCUGCCUCACUUGUGGCACGAGCGUUUGGGCAAUAUUUUUUCGUCAAUACCCUCAGCGCAUCACGCAACUAAAGCAGCCAUAAGACGGGAAAAAGCGUAAUAAAGACGUGCGAAACCACAGGCUUCGGUGCCGCCUUAGUAUCCGUCACUUGUAUAGACGCCGUUAUAGAGACUGUUUUAGACGCUGUUACAUUGCCCUGUUGAAUGCGAGUGUGAUGUUGAGCCGCUGUUCUCGCUCGUAGAGCAUGCACCUGCGUACGUGUAUACAUAGUCUACCCAUGCUACAGCAUGACCUAUUGUUAGAAAUCUAAGAUUUGUGUGUUACCGGUGUUGUUGUUGAACAUGGUGUUGUUAGGAUGUCAUAUUUUACGCUGAGAAAUUGCGCUGCACUGUUUGAAGAUUCUUUGCAAUUACAGAUGUCUCGUGAAGGCUCUCAAAAUUGUCGGUGCUCUGUCCACAUCAUCUAGAAAUCCUAUUGAAUUUUUGUGUGCCACUUUUUUUUCCUCUAAGCGUACCGAGGAAUGCGUGUAUCUUAACAGCUAAUCAUAAAAUCUCGGCGUAGUUUUAUUCCUUGAAUUGUCGCGAGUACGACCAAACCACAAUUUUGUUAUCGUCACGUUGACAACGGCAUGAACAAUGCAUGAUUAGUAUGACGUAAAACCCCGGCGUUUAUUGAUUCCACCUGGACGGUUUCUAUUUUUUGUGUGGGAGGCCGUAUUCAGUUCCUAAGAAUUCACGUUGCUUACACAUAUGUGACCGGAUCAUUUUGAAACCCUCUGUGAGAGGCUCGCUAAGUGGUAAAUCUAUCGAAUUCUUGUGCAUCCAAUCAAGCAUAUGUGCAGGAUUGCGGCAGGUUUGCUUGAUUUUUUCUGAAUAAUUAUCUUUCGCCACCCAUUUCUAUAUCUAAGGUCGAGCCAUAUCGACGUUUAAGGGCAUAACACAUAUCUCCUAAAUAUACAUCAUAUAGAAAGAUGAAUGCGAUUUAGUGCAUCCCUUUAUUAUUGCUAGUGUGUGCUAAAAUUGAGCAUCCGCUCCGUUGAAUAUUUGAAUCACGCCAUUUUGGUUCACAUUUCAGUGCCAAGUGUCCCACUUUUUCUGUCUUAACAAAGACUAGCAUUCAGGUGAUAUUUUAGACAUGGACAUAUCUACUUGUAUUUCCUGGCUCAUAUUUUGACGAAGCCGGAGUUAUAUUUAUGAGAGAAAAUAUAUGUCGGGAAACUUAACUACAGAAAAAAAAGCCAACGUCUAAGAGCAAACAUUACAAGAAGUUUGCACGUUAUUUCAGGGUACUUAGUUUCUCUUUUUUUUUUUUCUGAAAAAGCUGAAAUAUCUAUGCACAGGCUCUGAAUGCCAAGCCCUUGCCUCGCGCCCUCCAAUUUUCGUGGUCGAGUCCGAUCUCACAAGUCCUUCGCCUCAUAUAUCAGCGUCCUCGAAUUUGAUGGUCAGUUCAACUGCUUUCGUCGGUCAUAUUAUUUGGAACUGUGCGUAAGCCUGGCGCGAACCCACAUGCCUAAAGAAUGAGGCAGAAAACACUGGCAUGAGUAAAACCCAAUACGUUCCGUGGGCUUCUCGAUUUGCAAAAACAGUUGUGUUAUAUGUAAACCGGCGCAUUUCUCCGACUAAUUUUACUCAACCAAACGCGAAUUGCAAGUCGACAUUAAUUUCCCGUAGUUUUCAGAUUUACCCUUUAAAGUUUCCCAAAUCGUGCCCAUUCCUCUACGGCUGUGCAAAGCUAAAGGCACUGCGCCCCUUUAAAUUCCUACUUUUCGUUGAAGGACGCGUCCCCGAGGACAUUACUGACUGUUGUAAAGUUCACCAGUUGUGUCGCAUCCAGUCUACUUUUAACUGCUGUGUCAUGCACACCUUCGGGUACAGAGCACUUCAUGUACGAUACGAUCCGUUUCUGACACAUGUGUUGUGGCCGGUGUGUUGCGAAAUCGCGCAUUCCCCGUCGCAUCCCAUGAAUCUUUGCAGUGACGCUCAUCCACGCCUUUUCCGGCAACUCCGGCACGCGUUCACACGUGUAACUACGUCACCGCACUGCUGCGCGGCACACUGUAAGCACACUCUUUCCCAGUGCGUUGAGAGAUCUCAGUCGUACCUCUGGCGCCUGACGUUAACACGUCCACACGAAGUCUGCGUGUUCAAAUCUUGAGACCCGCGAACGUGGAGGCCCUUGUAGCAUUUCGCUCGCUUCUACACCGCGCAUGCGUCAAUGUCGAACGCAAGAGUGCCCAAAUUUAGUUGGUUUCUUGAUGAAUCAGCCGAGUGCGUGUAAACAGAAACUGACAUCCGAAGUGCACGACUUGAUCCCGAAUCGCAAGCAGUGAUCCGCGGUGCGGCGAUUCGGAACGCACGUGCGAACGCAGCCUGGUGUUCACAUCACCGUACUUCGUCACUCGUGGAUGUGAGUGUUUUGAAUGCACCCCCUCCCCCUUCUGCCCCUUUGUGUCACGGCAGCCCACUUUACGUUCGGGGUCGUCUCUCCGUUGCCCGUCGCUGCUGCCUUGCACGAGUGUGUCAAACACGCGACGGCAAUCCGCCGCGCGCUUUUUCCCUCCUACCACAACGUGCCCGGUUUUCUUCCCCUGCGGCGGCUACGGAGCUCGCGCGCAUUGAAACCAGGAACUUCAAUAUGCAUAUCAGCUUCACGCGAAUGCAGCGGCCUGCGUCGGCACGCUGUGGAAGCAUCUAUCACAUUUCGGUCGGUCGUGAGUAGCGUGUGUUGACGAAUGUACAAGGCAAAGCGUCUGAGCCGGCGUUCACUUACUUCUAAACCCACUCCCACGCACCUGUUUGACGAGGUUGCUUGAUGCAUCCGCAAAUGAGGUAAAGUUUUCUGCGUGUUCAAUAAAGAGUUGAUGAGACUUCGUUCAACCAACCGAGGAAGUGACGCAGUUAAGUUUAGCUGAACAAGGACGUGGCAGCGUGUGGCUUACCGACGCUGUGAUAGAAGUUGCUUUGGCUCAUGGCUUGAGUUGUUUAAUGUAUCCGAAAGGCUUCAGUUAUCAGAAAUAACUUUUCUCGGGUCAAGUUAGCCUGCAGACAUGAAAGCAAAAGUGAGCCAUGGGUAAUCAGACUUUCGUCCUCCAACGCAUGUUUAAAGUGGCGCCCAAGAACACGGCUACGGAAGAAAAGAAAAGGAGAUUAACAAAACAAGCCAACAAGUCGAAUACCAAGAGAAAAUUUUGCGCGAGAAAGCAGGCGACGUGCAUAUCUGUUUUUGGAAUAAGGAAGAUUGAGUGUUCAGGCAGAAGAGGGCUCCAAGAUGAGCGCAGGUAAAUAAAUAUAUGCAGGCAUCGCCAAAGAUAACAACACGGUCAGCGAAACUACAUCAAACAGCCUUGUUUCUCUCGUAACAUGAUUUUUUGUAACAAGCCGAGUUCCAUGCUUGUGCUCUGACACCCUCCCCCGAAAAACAAAAACGAGUUAUAUUAUUCCUUACGGAAUAUUUUUGAGCACAAUGUGCACAAAGUUCUAGGCGACAGUUUAUUCGAUCAAUUGCUACAUGUUAUUGCUGUUUUACUAGUUUACUACAAUUCGAUAUGACAAUGAUUACGGAUGCGUUUAUCAUUAAUUUUACAUUUCAUUGCGGGGAACUUUAAGCCACAUCUAUUGCCUGCCGGAAGAAAUGGACUUCAAACUUUUGAAACGCUUGCUUUUUUGCCUAGCUCUAAUAAAGCGUGAAACAUUAACCAUCAUAACAAUCACAAAGGUAACGCUUGUAACUGCUCUUCUUUACAUUAUCAUUACCAUUUUAGCUGGACACUUUGCCCUGUCCAAUCGUCAACUGUUUGUCGAUGAGUAACUCUUUGUUCACUGUUUCCCUUGUCUGUGAUGUCGAAAGUACUUAUGGUGAACCUUUUUACCUGUGACUUCAUUCCAUUUGUUCCUUGAAACAACAUUUGCUUGAGUUGAAGUUCUUGGUACAAAUACGUUUCUGAUUUUGUAUCUCGUUAACAUGAAUAUUUAGUGACAAAAAUAAACUGCGAAUGGACAUGGCAAUGGAACCCAUAGAAUCGGUGCCAAGUAUCAGAAGCAGUGUUUAUUGCUCACUAGUUGUUCGCGAAAUAUUUUCUCACACAGUGAAUCCCUGUAAGAAAAUUACGGGCACAGUGUUUUCAUAAACUAUAAAGCGAACUCAUUUUAUUGUUAGCACUGAUGUUACUCAGUUGAGCUUUAAUUGUUUGUCUACGAUGAGGAUAAGUAUACAAAUCAUAAUGCGCCUGACAUAGUUGACUUCCCAAGCGUUAAAAGCAUAAAUAACUUUGGCAGCUACCAGACUGAUGGGUUACUUAAUUAGGUACAAUAAAAAUGUGCCAGGUACCAUCCGAGGAUGAUUGUCAAAGUGAAGCAAUGGCUUCCCAAUAGACCUACUAAGAUAUGCUGCCGGGGACACUUACUGAUUAGUUCUGUUGAUUAAAUGUUAUUAGCUGCAGCGUUGCACUUACUCCAUGGCCGACCCGCGUUGCAAACUAGAUUAAAUUUGUUGCGGGAACAACUCUCGUGGACAGGAAUUAGAAUCGGCCCCCCAAAUCACCUCCUUUGAUUACACUGUAUCUAAGAUCGGCCCAGUUCACUUGGCCACAAAGCCGUCUACGCAAAGAUAAGGGAAGUGCCAACGAAAGCCUUGCUUUAAAAACUUGCGAAGCGUGUCGAAGGCAGAAAUCUCUCCUACAAAUUACGUCAGAGAGUUCGUUGCCAGGUCCCACCGCCGUGUCUAUUCGCAUUUUACUUUUGUUAACAACCAUGCGCUUUUGUGAUGGUUUCAAAGGAAUAAUUUUCUCGUAUUCUUUUUUUUUUGUCGGAGUUCUUGCAUAGCCAGACAAUAUCUACGCUCUUCUCUGUACAGCUGUGAUGACUACAAAACAAACACCAGUGUACACUGAUGUGCCAUUUGUGUGUCCACUCUUCAAUCUGAUGCACCUCCUAGUCAUAAUGGGCAGGAACCAAACGCCUGUGUCACCACCUAACGUGCACCAAAACAUGGAAUGUGACCCUUUGUAUACGUUAGUGCACCUGAAAGCCAGAGUAAUCACGUGAUCCCCGUGGCGACCUUUGACAUGUCUUUCUGGUGUGUGUGCCGAUGCCAUUAAUUUCCUCCCUGUACCUCCUUCUCCGUAUCGUCAGUUGGUUCUUCUAUGAUGCCACUGACCAAUGCGCCUAAAAUAGGUAUGUUUCAGCCCUUUGCGUGACUUGAAUGCGCAUAGUAAUUUUUCGUAAAGAAGCAUUUUAGUGAGCACACUAAGCUUGUGUGUAUUUGUUUUGUGCCUGCCAAGUGUCAUACGUUUUGUGUUGGCGCAAGGUACCCGUGCGGUUUGCUUAUCCACUGACGUUUCCGUCUCAUGUGAUACACCAUGGGUCAUUUGACAAAAAAAGAGGCAUUAUUUGCAUAUUAUACGUCGGUUCACGUUGCCGAAAAAUCUGCUUGCAAAAAGAGUUAAAGUCUGCUGUUUAUCUUCGAUGCGAUGUUGUAGCGUGGUAGUAAUGAAUAGCACGACCGGCAAUGGAUAAUCUCUCUUUGAAGCAUCCUGAAGCUUUGACAACCUGCAAACUACACCACAAAGGUGAAAUCGUCCCGAUAUAGAUCAGCAGGAGGCUGUCAGGUGCGCGCAAAUAGAGGCUAAGUUUGAGCUUGAAAUGAUUGAAUGAGGCUUAUCUAAUUUCUCAACUGUAAGCAUUAUGAGCUUGCUAAUACUGAUUUAUUAUUAUUUAAUACAUUAAUUACUACAUUAAUUAGCACCAAGAGACGGUGCGCGUUUGAGAGUGGAGGCAGUGAGCUUUUUAGAAACUAUGCUGUGUGUUAUAUUCUAAAUGAGGUAUCUUCUCCGGGAGUCGACGGUAAACUAAAAGGUUAACGAUUAUACUUGACAAACAAAAGGCAUUAUAUUCAUUAAACAGUACUUACGCUGUUUUGUUCUUCAGGGGAGCAUUUAAGAAGUCAACAACCGACCUUUCUUUAAAAAAAAAACAUUGGUAAGGCAAUGGUAAAGCUCUCAGUGUUUUGUCAGUAUCACGCAUUUUAUGCACAGAUUUCAAGUUAGUUCUUCCCAGCAAUGUUAUGCCGGCGUUUCCACAAGCUGAGAUUGUCAAUUUAUGAGAAUAACUUUCGUUACACGAACAACUUCAACUGCCUAUCACCAAAUAAAGAAAAUGAGCGCAUUAGCGAGUCCCCAGUUGCCGCUAUGGUGAGUCGCGAGGCAGGAUGGAGUACCUCUUUUAUGUCAAAUGACCCAUCGUGUUCGCCGCACAUCCUGUCCGUGCGCGGAGGUCACACGUAUGCCGACAACUGCGCAUAAUCUCAUUUCGGCGUCGACAUCGCCGGGAACGCACCUCGUGAACCAAAUUUGUGCCCACAGUCGAGCGAAUCUGCCGCUUCCCCGCGCACACCGCAGCUACGCUGCCGUGAGGGGGAACGUUUUUCGCCCUGUUGCUUUUUUUGGACGUGUGUUUUACGCACAAAGCCACCCUCGACGAAGACACCUCACUCGAGUUACGUGCAACACAGCAGCAACUUACCACGCCGCCUCCGCCUCUUCUCAAACCGCGCCAACCAGCCGAAGCCCUCAGCAGGACGCAAAGCACCUUCUAAUCCCAGCAAAAAAGAAAAAGCUCGCCGCUGCACGGUUUUGGGACGCGUUUGCCUCAAGAAACGACGUCGACCGUAAGAGGGGGGAAAGAUCAGAGCAGACGACGCCAUGCAGACGACAGCCAGACGUCGGCGAACGUCGAAGGGACCGGUACUCCCAGAAAGAUGACGUCACCAGAAUUCUCUGGCACGGCCGAGAAAAGAGGGGAAGAGACGUAAUCAGCGAAUGUGUAGCCUAGCAAGGCGAGCGAGCGCCACCUUUACCCUCUGCUCAAAGAACUCUCUCGUUCUCUCACUCCGCAUAGUGGCCCUCGAGGAACGUUUUGUUUUACUUUCCCGCCGCGCAAUGCCGGUUCGUGUGUGUGUGUGCGUGUGUGUGCGUGUCCCCUGGACCCAGAACUGGAAAACAAAACCAUGCAACGUGCCCUCCUGUGAAAAGAAAAAACAAGGCCGGCUUUGUUAUCCGCUACCUUCUAUCGUUGAAUCUCGCGCCUUGCUUUUCCCACUCGUUCUUAUUUCUUAUCGCGCCAAGAGUCUAGCCUCUAAUACCGCAUUAUCAUGGUUCUAGGGCAUAUCACUCGUAGACGAGGCUGCCUUCCCUGGCACCGGGCUCUUAUGUCAUGUGGUUCCGCCAACUGUGAUCCGCCCGGCCCGGUGGGUAGCCCAAUAGAUGAAUGCCGCGUUUCUGGCGGCCCCUCGUAAGCUGACUUACCAAAGACAUCUUAUUCAAGCCACAGAAGCCGUAACCUGGCGAAGUGUUCUGAUGAUCUGGGAGCGUAUUCGGAAAAAAAUUCUUAAGCUAGAACUAUUCGCAACAACAGGUAUAUUGGCCGUCAUGUUGGCCGUACUGGCAAAGGCAGCCGGCCAGUAACAAACAGCUGUUACGAAGGAACAGCUUUGGACCUCCACCCCUCAACACUGCAGGUGUCGUGCCGCGUGCGAUCAGGAAUGCCGUGACAGUGGAAGAUUGGCUAUAGAAUAAGCGCGAUAGCCUUGCAUCACCUCAUGCAUCGUUUGAAAUGUAGCUGUGUCGAAACGUCGCAGCCUUUGUUUGCGUUGUUACUAUGUCCUCAGUCGCUAUCUGGCGUAAACAAAGCUAUCUCGCUUGGAAAUUUGUUGCGACGGUUUACACUACACUGAAUGCAAAUGAAAGACUCCCUCUUUAACACCGACUCAGUCGCAACAGCCGCUACUAUUUGAAGUUGUAUCGCAGCAGUGCGCUAAAAAAAAAAGAAAGUGGCAGUAAAGUGAGUAGAUUUGCAAACAGAAGCAUAAGAUAAGCCUUAGGAUAUGAAGCGUAGUUAUAUUACCAAGAACAAAAAAACUGAUUUAAGUUUAGGAUAAGCUAAGUUUUUUUGGCAAUUUCUCGCGCAUGCAUAGCAAUGGGAGUCUGCUGAAACGUACAUUGCACUUAUGAUUGUAGAAGUUGUGUUUUUUUUUUUUAUGAUGCCGUAGGCAGUUUGCUAUAAGGAGAGUCCUUUUUCACCAGCUCAGUUAAGGUAGUUGGACUCGUGGGAGAUAUAAAAUUUGACAAUAUUUCGUAUUCGUGACAAAGAGCAAGGUUCGUGACAGUAGCUCUAAGUUGAAUGUCGAAGGCUUCUGUCUCGAACGUAACUAGCGGCAAAAGAUUUUAUUUUUGUUGCAUUCAUGCAGCGGAAUCUCAUACACCACUAUACUCAGAUUACAAGCUUUCUUUAUUUUCCAGCAUUUUACUGCUUGCUACGUAUCCGUAUUUCGCGUCAUUAUAUUAGUAAUAACGUAAACGCAUCCAACAGAUGUACCAAGAAAGCUUUCAAGCCUUAAUUAAACCUGAGAUGUUAAGUUGCUGGUCGUAAGCCGCAUAUUUUGCGAGCCGGCCUGAUGUGGUAUCUUUGGGUCAGCUUCCGAACGGCUGCUUGCGAUUGCUCCUCGCUAUCUCUCCUUCUCUUCUUCGCCCAGUUUAGUCUACUUAUCAUGACUUAACCUAAAAAUAAAAUAAUAUUUUCCUCAGUGUCGCAAGUGCCGUUGAAAUAACCUUUCUAUACAUAACAGGACCGAAUCGCCCGCGCUCAUUUUCUCAACAUCUCUGCCUGUCCGGUAGUGUCGGUGUACAUAGUUGUGCAUGAAUCCGCAAGAUGUUAAAAGGAAGACGCCAUGCCAUCACAUGUUGAGUUGCGUUUCUCUCGCAUUAAGGGAGAUGUAAUAGUUGUUUGCGGAGCUGGUGACAAGCGUGCUCUUGCGUAGGCCAUUUGUAUCGUGGGUACCUUUUUUAUUUUUUUAUCUUCUGUUACCUCGUCCUUCUUUGUAGACCUUCUGACCUUCCUUGGCUUCACGAGUGCGUACGCAAUAUUUCGCAGAUGUUAUCAUUCUUGAAUGUGUUAUCGCUUGUUCGCUUUUUCUUUCCCGGCUGCUCGAGAGUGUUCAUGUAUACAAGAUGUGUUCGGGUUUAAUUCCGGUUUCACUUCCCGGCUGCUUACCCAGCGUGUGUUCCCUUCGAGUUUGCUUUCCCCGUUUUCUCUCGCGAACCUUGCACGUUUCAGUGAACUAUUCGGCCAGCAAAAUUGAGCAGCCCCCAUUGUUUAGCAGUGUUUUCAAAGUAUACAUGUGUGUAACAGGCAUUCUCGAGUGUGUAUGCGCCUACUAUGACUCCAGCUGUUGAGUAAAAAGGUUUUAAAAAGA